GGCGUUGGGACCUGGCCUAGAGGGACAAGGGGACCGACUGCCACUGUGACUGGAGGCCAGGCCAUGGACCCCCAUGAGAUGGUCGUCAAGAACCCGUUUGCCCACAUCAGCAUCCCCCGGGCUCACCUGCGGCCUGACCUGGAGCAGCACCUGGAGGUGGCUCCCUCCUGCUCAGAGCGGCAGCCUCUGCCUGUGGGUUCCUGCACCCUGGAGCCCAUGCGCCUCCUGCAGCCCACCGAGGAGGCCCUAGGGCCCAAGGGCGCCAAAGGCGCCAAAGGCACCACGGGUGCCAAGGGAGCCUUCCCAGUCCAGGGCCAACAGCCCUGGCAGCAGCCUGGCAGCAAGGGUGCCAAGGGAGCCUUCCCAGUCCAGGGCCAACAGCCCUGGCAGCAGCCUGGCAACCCCUACAGGGGUGCACAGCGCCCGACAGGACUGACCUACACCGGCCUGCCCCCCAUCGGGCGCGGCGAUGACAUCGCCCACCACUGCUGCUGCUGUCCCUGCUGCUCCUGUUGCCACUGCCCUCGCUUCUGCCGCUGCCACAGCUGCUGCUGCGUGGUCUCCUAGCCCUGCCCCGGCCGCCGUGGGCCUGCCCAGGACCCCUGCAUAGCAGGCCCCAGGACUCUGCUCCGGCAGCCACAGCAGUGCAUGGACGUUUGGGGCAGCCGCUGGGCCACUGUCAUGGGUGUCAGCCACUUCCCACCCUAGACAGGGACAUCUUCGUGCCACAAAGGCCAACAGCUCAGCUCAGGCCCCUCACAAAGGAGCCCUGGGCACCGGCUGUGGUGGAACCCCCAGGAUACCCUUGCCCAUCCCCCUCAAGGC